GCGCCAGGUGGCUGCUGUCACGCGUAACAGGAUCAAAGCUCUCCAACUAUUUGUUCUUUUUUUAUUUCAGGUAAUUAAACACUUUUGUCAGUGUGCUUUUUAAAAUUUAUUUAUUUAUUUAUUUUUUACAUUUUUGGACAACAGUAAAACAAUUGUUUAGCGUCUUCAUGGCCAACGCGCACCGCAAUAACGUGCUGGUGACGUCGUGUCUGAAGCGGCCGGUGGACCCGCACACCAGGGUGCCGCUGGCCUCCUACGAGCGGGACAAAGAAACGCCCUACUCGGCCACGACGUACGCCGACAACCGGGACGACUACCAGGAUAAGGAGGACCAGGCGGCGUACGAGGAGGCGUGCAACAAAAGGGCCACACCAACAGCGAAGGACUGGAGAGCGGCAGGCGGCGACCGCGUGAACCUGCGCAACAUCUUCUUCUCCAACGAGGAAUACUACAGCAAGCUGGAGGAGCUGAAGAAGGCGCACCUGCGCACGAUGGCGGAGCUGGAGAGCAUGUACCACCACAAACUGCAGCUUCACGCCAACAACACGCCAUGCCACCAACAUGGCAGCGGCGGUGAGUCACUACAUCUAAGGAAGUCGCACUCGGCUGCGGAGCUCCGGAGAAGUCCCGGCAUGCCUGCGUCGUCGGAUGAAGACGAUGCAGACGACGCCUCCGGGUCUGAUGUGGAGAAAGGGCUGCUGUUCUCCCCCAAAGAAUUCAUCAAGAACAUGUGGACCGACUUCAAGCUUUCGCCCCGAACACGCCACCUGUCCACAUCGUUGCCGGGCGACCACAGCGGCUUUCGGCCUCGGCGAAGGAGCGGUCACCAGGGGGCGAGCAUUCCCAGGGCGACGGUCCCCAAGCCCUUCCAGAUGACACUGCGUGAGGCUGAGCGCCGGCGGCGCGGCAUCAAGACGCGGUCGGAGGUGGAGCUGGAGAACGCCGAGUUGAGACGACAGCUGGAGGAGAUGUCCGAGUGCCACAACAAGUUCCGCGCGAGCCCCGUGCCGGCGCACGUCCACCUGCCGCUUUACAAUGACCUACGGGAGCGACGCCAGGAACGACGGCGGAAUGUGCGGGAAGAACGCCACCUCAAGACCAAGGUUUCAAUACCCUUCAGCUUCCUGGAGAGGGAGCGUCUGAAGAAGGAGCAGCGCCAGCAGCAGCCUCAGCACCCUGGCCAGCAAGAGCGGGUGAAGCCCUUCAAGGCCAAGCCGGUGCCCAGGUCGGUGUACGCGGCAGCGACGGGGGAGCUGAGGAAGGAAGAGCAGCUCUACCGAUCCAUCAAGAAGCAGAUGAGAGCCCAGGAGAUGCUCUACAGCGCCGCUGCACCUCCGAGCACGCUCACUAAAAGACUGGCGGAGAGCAAGAAGAGCAAAGACCACCCCCAGACCUUCACUCACCGGCCGCACAUCAACAAGGAUGUGCCCGACUUUGACGCCAGCUUCAAACGCUUCCAGAAGCUCGUGGAGAGGACCAAAGAGGUGAAGCCCACUACGGCAUGCGAGCCCUUCCGGCUGAGGACGGCCCAGAUCCCGUCCCACCGCGAGCGCAUCCUGGCCGAGGUGGAGAAGGAGCAGAGCAUCCCGCGGACGCUUCGCUGGCCGUACUUCAAGAGCUCGCGCACAGCAAACUCCAGCCUCUGCUCGUCCCUCUCGGGGAGCAUGGAGCUACUGCCCGCCAAGGACACGGACGCAUCCAAGAAACGACAUGAGGCCGUGAGGCAGGCUCUGGAGCGCAGGAGGAGGGCUGAGCAGGAAGAGGCACGCUGGACUGAGAGGCAGAAGGAGCGUGAGAAAAAGCUGCAGAAGCUGGUGCAAAAGCGGGCUACCGCCAAUGAUCCGCACCUGGCGCUCACCCACACACACGGCCACAAACUCCAAGAAUUCAGGAAACAAGACCGCCAGCGCAGGAAGGAAUAUCAGCAGGAAAUCAAGGAGAUUGAGGAGCGUGUGAAAGGAAGGCCUCUGCUGCUGGAGCAGGUUGCACAGAAGAAUGCUAAGCGGGCGGCACAGAAGCGUUUUGCUGAUAAGCUGCACGGAGUGCACCUGAACGAGGACUUCCUCAGCAGGAAGGCGGCGGCGGCACGGACACACACUGAUGGCACAUGCGAGCCUUCGGAUUCCGAGGACGCCGACGCCCUGGAGCCUGUCCACUACUGCAAGGUCUUCCUGGAUGACCAAGACCAGGAGGUGGGGAGAGAGGAUGAGGACCAGAGUGACAAAGAUUCACGUGAUCGCAGCGAGGACGGCAAGCGGCAUCAUUCCGACGGAAGCUGUCACUACUCGGACGAUCAUGACCACUAUGACGAUGAUGAGGAGAGGGAUGCCGAAGAGGCAGAAGACGGGAAGCGGGAUGAGGACGAGUAACAUCCUUAGCAGCAGUCGGGAAGAUGACGUACGAUAGUGUACAGUUGACCCUCACUAUUCUUGGGGGUUAGGGAACAAGACCAGUGGCAAAUAGUCGAGACCCCCUACAAACAUUUAGAACUGUCUUAUUGUUUAAACCCGAAAUAUGCCCCAUGAUCCCAAGACACAGGCAAAUUAUUUUUGCGUCUGGGGGUUUGGGUUGCUUUGCUCAGGGCCCUGGCACCCCACCCAAUUCGGCGCUCCUGAUUAUUAUUGCCGCAUUGAGAAGCCAGGAGAGAAGUUGUAUGUCUGCAUAGAUUCUCAGUCAUCAAGAUCAUGGUAAUCCGUAAAGGUUGAAUCACGGCAACUGGACUGUUCUUGUUUAUUGAAGAUGUUGUACCUUUAAUCAAACAUGCUUCUUCAUUUCUAAAAUUCUAGGUAUGGAGUCUCCCUAUUCAAGAGAGGAGCUAAUUCUCCAGUACAGUAUAUCCGUAUAUCUGUCUUAUACUGCCCCCAGAUCGCCAAGGUGCACAUACAAGAAUGAGCAGCACAAUGUGUAUUGAAGAUGAAAGUGUGACGACAAACUUUUUUUUUUUUUUUUUAUCCACCCUUCCGUCCGUCCGCCCGUCCGUUCUCUUCCACUUAACCGGAGUUGGGUCACGGAGGCAGAAGCUUUAAGCAGGGAAGCCCAGACUUGCAUUUCUAUUUAAUUAUGUCAUUACUGUAUGUUUUUAUGAAGUAUAGUUUUAUAUAGUGUAACGUGUUAAUAUUGACAAAAAACUGCACAUUUUUAGGUGGGAGGCUCUCACAGAUAAUGGCAUUUCCAUUCUUUUCAUUUGGGAAUGAUGUUUUAAACUUUUCUCAAGGCACCACUGUAUUAGGGUUAAAGCUUAAAAUUGAUAAGCUAACAUAGAUUAAAAUGUAAAGCAAUGCUCCAUUAAUAUUACUACAAAUGACAAUACCAAAUGAGUCCAACCCCCCAGCUGAUAAGUACCAAUGAGGGAGGGGCGAAUUUAAAGAUGUAACAACAAAUAACUUUGUACACCGUGCAUCGGCACAAACAACAGGCAGGACCCGUUACCCCACCCGAAGGCGGAGGGAGGCUACCCUCUCGUCCACCGAGGUGAACCCCAAUGUACAGGCGCCAAGCCGGUGGCCAAUAAGUAUACCCACACCACCUCGGCGCCUCUCACCGUGGCCAACUCCAGAGUGGAAGGGAGUGUAACCCCUCUCAAGAGGACUGGUACCAGAGCCCAAGCUGUGUGUGGAGGCGAACCUGACUUUAUCUAGUCGUAACUUCUAGACUUCGCACACCAGCUCGGACCUCCUUCCCUGCCAGAGAGGUGACAUUCCAUGUCCCGAGAGCCAGCUUCUGUAGCUAGGGAUCGGAUCGCCAAGGUCCCGCCUUUGGCCACCGGCCAGCUCACCCGACCCUUAUGGCCCCUCCCACAGGUGGUGAGCCCAUGGGAAGGGGGAACCACGUUACCCUUCCGGGUGCAGGCGCUCGCCUUCGAGCCCCACCUCCAGGCCUGGCUCCAGAGAGGGGCCGCGGUGACCCGGGUCCGGGCAAGGGAAAACGUCUUCCUGAAUUUUUCAUCUUCAUAGAGGUUUUUGGAGAUGUGCUUUGUCUGGUCCCUCACCUAGCACCUGUUUGCCAUGGGUGACCCUGCCAGGGGCAUAAAGCCCCAGACAACUUAGCUCCUAGGAUCAUUGGGACACACAAACCACUCACCACGAUAAGGUGACAGCUCAAGGAGUUUUUUAAAUAUUUUUUUUCCUUUUUGUAUAUUUUUUUUGUAUUUCUAAUUUGUUAAUUGUGUGCAUUGACUUGAGUGACUUCUAAAUUUAAGACAAUGGUUAAAAACAAUGCUAUUCGAUUUCUUUGGCAACUGAAUGUAAAUCAAUGAUUGAGGGGACUUCAUAUAAAAUCUUACCUAGGGCGCCACGUUGGGUAGCGCCUGCCUGUGCACUUUUCUGGGACCCUGUUGAGGGUGUAGAAAUGGUCCUCUGUUCCAUGGCCAGAAAACCAAACUACCAUUGCGUUGACUAGAGUCAAUUUUAUGACUUAGUUGUGACUUGACAAAAAGGAAAAGGUUUUGAGACUUCACUUGGACUUGGGGAGUUGAAGACUCAGGACUUGAGACAUGAGGUGGUGUACAUACAAACAGGUGAGCUCAAUAGUCCAAUAAUAUCAUUAUUUAACCUUAUUGACAUUUUUAUAAAGACUCGAUAGUGCGGGUAAGACUGCAUUAUAAGGUGAUUUGACUUGGGACUUGACUUGCCCAAGACAAAGCAGUGACUUGCACAUGACUUGAUCCCAUCUUUGUAUUGUACAGUAGAAUCACGUGUAGAUAGUACUCAAUGUUAAAGUACACAUGACAUGGUAGGUGGUGUUGUUAAUAAACUGUUCUCAAGUCGGCAAUUGUCUUCAGUGGUGGGUAGUAAAGAAAAGUAGUGCAAGUACUUUGUUACGGUACUGUGUGAAUAUGUGUACACACACACACAGUGGGUACGGAAAGUAUUCAGACCCCCUUAAAUGUUUCAUUCUGUUAUAUUGCAGCCAUUUGAUAAAAUCAUUUAAGUUCAUUUCAUUAAUGUACACACAGCACCCCGUAUUGACAGAAAAAAAACGGAAUUGUUACAAUUUUUGCAGAUUUAUUAAAAAAGAAAUACUGAAAUAUCACACAGCCAUAAGAAUUCAGACCCUUUGCUCAGUAUUUAGUAGAAGCAGCGCCAUUUUGAGCUAAUACACCUAUGAGUCUUUUUGGGAAUGAUGCAACAAAUAUUUCACACCUGGAUUUUGGGAUCCUCUGCCAUUCAUCUUUGCAGAUCCUUUCCAGUUCUGUCAGGUUGGAUGUUGAACGUUUGUGGACAGCCGUUUAGAUGCUCAAUUGGGUUUAAGUCAGGGCUCUAGCUGGGCCAUUCAAGAACAGUCACACAGUUGUUCUGAAGCCACUCCGUCGUUAUUUUAGCUGUGUGGUUAGGGUCAUUGUCUUGUUGGAAGGUGAACCUUCGGCCCAAUCUUAGGUCCUUAGCACUCUGGAGAAGAUUUUCGUCCAGGAUAUCCCUGUACUUGGCCGCAUUGAUCUUUCCAUCGAUUGCAACCAGUCGUCCUGUCCCUGCAGCUGAAAAACACCCCCACAGCAUGAUGCUGCCACCACCAUACUUCGCUGUUAAAACUUUAUUGGACAGGUGAUGAACAGUGCCUGGUCUUCUCCACACAUACCGCUUAGAAUUAAGGCCAAAAACUUCUAUCUUGGUCUCAUCAGACCAGAUAAUCUUAUUUCUCACCAUAUUAGUUCUUCAGGUGUUUUUUUUAGCAAACUCCAUGCGGGCUUUCAUGUGUUUUGCACUGAGGAGAGGCUUCCGUUGGGCCACUCUGCCGUAAAGCCCCGACUGGUGGAGGGCUACAAGUGAUGGUUGAUUUUCGAGAACUUUCUCCCAUCUCCCGACUGCAUCUCUGGAGCUCAGCCACCGUGAUCUUUGGGUUCUUCUCUCCCUCUCUCACCAAGGCUAUUC